AUGCAAAACAAGGACAUCAUAAAGCUCAAGAAGUGGAACCUUGUUGCACUGUGGUCACUCGACAUGAAAGUAGACACAUGUGCAAUCUGUAGAAACCACAUCAUGGACACAUGCGUAGAGUGCCAGAACGGCAUUGCCAGCAGCGAAGAAUGCAAGGUAUCAUGGGGCGUCUGCAAUCAUGCAUUCCACACACACUGCAUCGCAAGAUGGCUAAACUCAAAAAACGUUUGUCCACUCGACACAAAGAAAUGGAUCUACUACGAUCCUGAGCAAAAAUAA